AAAACCGAAUGAAUAAAUUAUCCAGGCCUAUGAACAGGUCUAGUUCGACCACCACCGCAGUCCACACACAAUAAUUCCCCACACCCAAAAAAACAAAUAAAAAAAACCGAAAGGUCAGUUGCCGCCAGUAAAGUAACCGUAAGAAACUGACAAAACAUAACACAUUUACGAUCUUGUCUGUAAUUUACUCUCACUCCCUUCAUCUUCUUCUCUUUAUUUCUUUCUUUAGAUCUCCGAACCCAAAAUAAAAAAAUUCUAACGGUCAUAUUUUUACUUAAUCACUUACUCUUCAAUUUCCCCAUUUUCAAAUCAGUUUCUUGAACUUUAAACCAUGUGUUUCAACACUCUUGUCUUGCUUCUAACAAUAUUUUCUUUCCCACUUACUUCAAUUUCUCAAAAGCAAAACGGCGGCGUUGCACCAAGAGAUCUAUGGUGUGUAGCAAAGAAUAACGCUGAUGAUCAGUCGCUACAGGCGGCGAUUGACUGGGCUUGUGGUCCGGGUGGAGCUAAUUGUAACCCGAUUCAGAAUGGAGGGCCUUGUUAUGAUUUAAAUGAUAUUCAAAUCACUGCUUCUUGGGCUUUUAAUGAUUAUUAUUUGAGAAAUGGGUUGAGUGAUGAUGCUUGUUUUUUCAGUAACACUGCUGCUCUCACUUCUUUAAACCCUAGCCAUAAUGGAUGUAAAUUUCCCUCCAGCUUAUCGGUGAACAAAGGGAUGAAUUCGAAUUCAACAACGACAACGACAACAUCAAUGGGGAUGGGGACGGACAGUGCCGAUUUGAGUGGAAGCAGUCCGAUUGCAGGCACAUGGUAUUGGCCCAUAAUCACCUGUAAUUUAUUUGUCAUACUUGGGAUCAUAAUUGGAGUAUAGAACUAAAGAGUUCAUUCAAAAUCUUUUAUUGAGAACAUAGGGAAUUAGUAGUAUUCAUCAUUCAUCUUCCACUUAGCUUGUAGUUUAAUUAACAUAAUUAAGUAGAUUGAAAUCCUUGUAUUUGUCGCUAAUCGCAUAAAUUAAUCGGUGUUUAGGCUCAUUUGUGUAAUGAGGACUUGACAUCAUGAAGCAGUUUUGGAAAAUUCAAGAAAAUCUCUGUUUAUUA